UGGGCAGCGGCGAUUCGCUAUAAUCCUUCGGUUCGCCUGGAGUUCACACGUUUUCGUAAUAGGACCGACACUCUCUCGUUUGGUGUGUGCAACGGCUGUCAGCUGAUGGCCCAUCUGGGAUGGAUAGGCGAAUACGAAGACUCGCCAUCGGUGUUCCUUGCCGAAAAUCGCUGUGGUCGAUUCGAAUCCGUCUUUGGUCCGGUCAGGGUUGAGCACUCCACAUCAAUCUGGCUUCGAGGGAUGGAAGGAGCGGUGCUGGGUCGUUUCACCUACCGUAACGCUAACGUCUUUGAGACUUUACGAAAUUCCGGGCAGAUUGCGGUUCGCUAUGUGGACGGAGACGGCCACCCAAGUAUGAUGUACCCAUGGAAUCCGAAUGGCUCCGAGGACGCGGUGGCAGCUAUCUGUAGCCAGGAUGGGCGUCAUUUGGCCAUGAUGCCUCACUCAGAC